AUGGUUAGACGAACGGGCGUGAACCCACCUACACAAAGGCCUGCUGAGAACGAUUCGUUGGAAGAAGUGAAACGUAUGCGAAGCAAUCUCAGCUUGAAGCUUUUGCGAUCGAUAGACGACAGAGUCAAGAGUAUUCUGUACCAGACACCUUUCGUUACAGCAUAUGAACUUAAAGGAGCAGAUCAAUGGGUACGACAAGAUAUAGAAGGGUUCCUGUAUUUACUGGAACGUGAUGAUGAACCUCUCAAGUGCCUGAUACUGGUUAAUAGGAAGACUGAGAGACAUCUCGUCGAGUAUAUAACUCCACAGUUCCAAAUAGCACGUGAUGGGAACUUCGUAUUCUAUCGCGCUAUGAAUAUAGUAACCGAGUCUAUGCAGAACAUCCGUGGGCUUUGGUUUUACGAUGAUAAGGAAUGUUUGAAAACUUUCGAAGAGAUAUACGCUGUGACAAUAAAUAAGGAGCCUUUGUCAGGUUUCAACAGUGAAGACAAACCUGUCAUAUUGCCGUCGCCAACUACUGAAGUACAACCAACACCAAUCACAGCUGUAGCACCUCCACACUCGUCACCACGUAUGUCGACAAAGAAGGAUGUUAAAAUGAUGCCAAAUAUGUAUGACUUGGAGCAAAAGGACGGAUUUCUACAUUCGGGGCUAAAUGGACAUCAACGAAUGAACUACGGCGAACCUAUGGCGCCAACGCCAUCGGUACCGUCGAUGCCUAUGCCAUCAUCUAAUCCGCUCUAUCCAUACUCAAUGCCAAUUGCUGCUGGACAUAAUACGCAACAUCAUCCGCCGACCACUGCGGUGCCGCUUCCCAAGAGCAACCCAAUGACGGCAUACCCAUUACAGGAAACUGCCCCGCAGAUGCUCAAUAACGAGUCAAACCUUUGGUCGAACAGGAUGAGAUCGUUGUUUAACGGUAGUGACCCUUCACAUUCCGAGUAUCCACAGUUCCCUGUUGGAUUCCCACCGUCACACUACCAGCCGCCACCAGCAGUACCACGCAAUGAUAACGGGAUCAUGAUCACGUACGACAUGUUCUGUUCAGCAUUUUCGGAAACUGUGCAGAGCGAAGAAUUUUUAAGAUUGAUGUGGAGGCGUCUCUCUAUAAAAUCAUGGAGAAACUUUGGUUAA